AAUUACAAAUAAUCCAUGUUUUGAUCAAAAUAAUCAACAAAUGACAGAUAUCAGCUGUCAAAUGGCAAAUUUGUCGCAAUUUAAAAAGAUAAAAUAAUAAUUAACAAGUUAUGUGAAAUUCAGAGUUCAGAGAGAAAAAAAAUGCAAGAUAUUCGUUUCAUAUUGUCGGAAAAUCAGGAAAUAAAUUCAAUUCUCUAUAAUCCUAUAAAUGCGACUCACCGGAUAAAGUAUACUUGCAUUGCAGUCUCUUCAAAUUUAAUUGUUCUUGGAUCAACCAGUGGAAGUCUAUAUCUAUUUAAGAGGGAACCAUGUACCUUCCAUCAACUAAUUCCGCUUUCGGAAGGAGCUGUAUCUCGAGUCGAGAUAUCACCUGACGAGAAAACAAUUGCUCUGGGAACAAUUCGUGGAAAUGUUUGUCUCGUUACAUUUAAACCUGUGAUAAAAUUAAUCGCCGUUUCCAACGAGCAUUCCGGUGAGAAAAUAACGAAUCUCUGCUGGAAUGACAACAGUUCUGAACUUUACAUUGGCGACGGCAUUGGCAAAGUCUCUGUCAUGGUUCUUUCAUUUUUCACGGUGAACGGAAUGUUCCAAGCACCAAAUUGUACAUUAAUGCAACUUGAUUCAAGCAUUGUGCAACUUAGCUUCUCCGCUCCGCUUUUAUUAAUUUCAACGCUGACUCGUUGUUAUAUUUGCGAUACAAAUUUGGAACACUACAAGCAAGUGGGAAAUAAAACACGUGACGGUGAAUAUGGAGCUUGUUUUCUAAAAAGACCACACGAUGGUGAGAAAUCGAGUAAAACCGUCGAGGAGGAGACAAUAUCGAGAAGAAGAACAUUCAGUUUGAAUACUGACAGUGAGAAUUCAAUUCUAAAUGAAAAUCACUUUAAAAUUUAUUGCGCGAGGCCAAGUUCAAGACUCUGGGAAGUCACGACCAAUGGAGUCGUCAUUAAGACACAUCAAUUCAAGGAGGCCUUGACAAUUCCACCUUUGCCGGUUUAUAAAAAUUCCAAAACGUUGCGGGUUGAUAACGAUCGUUCCUGGCUUCCGCAAUCGUUGAUGUUCUCUCAACUCUCGUCAAUGAAUGGAGAAUUCCUCUUCGCUUUUACAUCAAACGGUUUAUACAUUCUAGAUCCACUGAACGCUUCCGUCAUCCUCUGGAAUGACGAAUUCUCCGUAACGGAAGCCCACGUAAUUAAUAACGAAAUUUAUCUAAUAACGGAUAGUGGAAAAUUCCACUGUCUCACUCUCUGUACAAUUGAUUCUCUAAUAGUCGCUCUAUACGAUAGAAAACUUUAUCAAGACUGCCUGCAAGUCUCAUCGACAUUUCGAAGUAGAAUUUUAAAAGUACUAGCUAAUGAUAAUGAUGAUGAUGAUAAUGAUGAUAAUGAUGAUGGUGAAUCAAUCUCAAAUCGACAAGAAUCAGAUUUUUUCGAUUUGGAACCAAAAUCGGAAAGUUGUGCCAUUAGGGAAAUACUUCCCCUUGUUUCCAUUCUCCGCUCGACGUUGAAUCAACCAAAAAAACUCGAAUCUGGAAUUGUUUUGGUAAAUUCUGGUAGUUCAAAAAGUAGUCCCGAACCGUCGGGAAGUUUUAAGGGGAGUCCGGAAAUAUUCGAGAAACAGGACAAUGAGGACGAUUUAAUUUGUAAUUAUUUGGAAUCAACGAGUGAGGAAAUCGUCGUGAGAAAUGAGAAAGAAAGGAAGAGUGAGAAGAAGAAAGAAGAGAAAACAGACCGAAAGGAGACAGUUCUUCACGAAACGAUGUGCGUUCUACAAAUGGAAUUAAAAUCACUUCAUCGACUCGUUGAGUCUUUGAAAUUCACCAGCGACAAUGAAGAAGAAAUUGAACAAAUUUUAAUUAAAGUCGCCGACAUGAUAAAGGAGAUAAAAAAUAGAUACGAGGAACCAGAAGAACUAAGGCGACUAUGUUUCGAAAUGAUCCGAGCAGCGGAAUUACAAUCGAAUAAAUCUCUCCUCGAAUAUGUGCCAAUCGAUCUUUUAAUUUCAACAAACAAUGAAACAAUUUUAAAGGAAAUUCUACGAAUUUUCAUCGAUAUUAAUUCGUCGAGCCGCAAUGAUUGCGCGACCUGUGCCUUUCCACAACCCACAAUGUCUCGCGCAAAAGAACCGAAAUUCCUCGAAAUGGGAUCAUUGCUUUUGAAGAAAUUUCAAAAUGAACAUAAUGAGUGCCUGAAAAUCUGUGAUAACGUUCCCUUUAUGUGGAGGGAAUUUCUACCGCUUUAUAUGGAGAAUUUUCCGAAUGAGGAGGCGAGAAUGAAAAUUUUGUCCGCUUUGUUGCAGACUAAGGACAGUGUUGCAGCGUCUAUUUUAUUGCCACACUUGACUGAGAGGGAAUGGCGAAAAGUCAAUGAGGUUUUGAGAAAAAUUGAAAAGGGAAUUUGUCUUUCAUGCGGUGAUUCUCAGGGUGAAAGGGAAAUUGAAAAAUUCAUCGAUUGGGAGAGAGUGACACAUGAGAUUCUUAAAAAGGACGGACCAGAUGUGACACUCGCUUUUUUAUUCAAGGCGGAGAAAUUUAUUCGCGAUUUGCAAUUGGAUGCAAAUGUCUACCAAACGAUAAUAUUUGCCAAAAUUUUCGAGAAAAAUGGCAUCAAGUGUAAUUUAGAUUUUAGUCGAAAUCAAUCGGAGGAUGCCGAGUAUAUGUCGAUGUGCUCUCCAAAGGUACAAGAAGAUCUGAUGAAAUCGCUGGAAAACGAUUUAAAGCAAACAGUGGAGAGCAGUGCUUUUGGCGCGGGUCCCCAUCACUGGGGCAUUCGUUAUUCGCCAAAAUUCUCCACGUGUCCCUGUUGUACACUCUCUCUCCAAACGCCCGUUCUCUUAGGCAACAAUGGCAUCGCUCUCUUUCCCUGUGGCCACGCUUACCACGUCAAUUGUAUGAUACAGAAAAAAAUCUCCCGCUGUGGCCUCCACUGAUAUUAAAACCAAAAUAAUACAAACUUUUAAACAGAAAACUAAAUUUAUAUUUCACCUCCACUCAAGUACUUAAAAAAAAAGAAAAACC